AUGUUAUAAAAUUGUAAAGAAUAUUUUACGAUUUAUUAAGAACAUUUGAGAAACAAAGAUUAGUGGAGAUUGCUAAUGAUCUUCGUCUCUAUCUAUUAAAUGUGUGAUGUUAUUAUUGUAACAGGAGAUGCGGUAAAUGAAAAAAUUUAAGGCGACAAAUUCAUAAUGAUAUAUAGAAUCUUGGUAAUAUACAUUGCCAUUAUAGACCCAAAUAUUUUUGAUUGUGUUCUUCGAAGUACUACUAUUGAGAUUACUGAAAAUAAAAAAUGGAUUGAUAAAUCUAGUGACCUUGCUAAAAUUUAUAUGUGUAGUAGUUUGUUGGGAAGAGCUGGAUUAUUACACAGAGUAACAAUUAUUUCAUAGAAUACUGGAUAAAUUUCUAAUUCUGAUGUUCUUUGUUUUUGCAAUAGAAUCUUAGGUUUGUUAGACAAUGGCCAUAAAUUUCAAUUUGGUUUAUACAUUGCUUAGAAACUUUGAGUUCAAUUCUAAAAUAAACACAAUAUUUGGAAUAAAGAUAAUUGUGAUUCAUGUGAUCCUUUAAUUCUUUAUGAUUACGGUCAAUAAAAAGAAAAUUAGACCUAAUUUAAAUUCUUAACUAGUAGCAAUGGGAUCCAGCAAUAAAAUGAUAUAUACUCAAUUGAAUUCUUAGAGAUAAUCCAAUCCGAGUAGAACUCUUCAUCAAUUAUAUAUAGAUAUACCUGAAAAUCGGAAUAUCUCUCAACUGCCACAAGAAUAAAAAUAAGAGGAUUAAUAAACAGAAUCAGUUCAAUAGGAUCAAAUAAAUGAAGCCAUACUCUCUUCAGCAGAACUUGGAAUCUACCUGGUGGAUAAUCUAACUCAAAGUGUGUAAGUGAUAAACCCUUAGUUGUCCAAUAUUAUAAUGAAAGAAGAUCAGUUGAGCACUGAAUUCCUAUAGACUGAAUUGUACGAUUUCGGAUUGCUUCUUGAAGAAUCUUGUUUAUUAUUACCAAAAUUCCAUAGGAGUAACGAUAUUGGACAGUUUCUAACAUUCACUAAAACUUUGGAGUAUUGUAUAAAUUUAUAUUCUUGAGUUCCACCUAUUUUGGAGAAUAAUAUCUAGAGUGAACCUUCCCAAAUCAAGCGAUUGCAACUGCUAACCAAAAAAAUAUCCUUCAAAGCAUUCUUCGAUAAUCUAAUUGCUUACAAUCAUCUGAAAUACUCAAACUAUCGAUCACUUAUUGACUUUUCCCUUAAAGUAUAUAUCAAAUUCGAUUCUUGCUAUAUGCAAGUUGUUCUAUCGCCAUUAAUCUAUAAACUUAAACCUUAAAUUGCUAUUUUCGUUUCUGACAUUACAGAAGAUCCUUAUAUCACAUAAUUAUUGAAUGCAACGAAAAACAAUGACUUUUUGAUUAAUGAUAUUUCUCAAAAGAUCAAGUAACCUUUAAAUUGUACAAUAUCGAUGUUAGAAAUUAUAAUGGUAUGUCAAUCACUUAAUAUUAUAUAAGAACACAACUCCAUAUGAAAUAAAAGAAAAAUAUAUCAGUCCAGCACUUGCCGGUUGUAAAUUAUUAAUUAAUACUGCUAAUGAUAUUCUUGAUUACGCUUAGUUACAAAAGAAAGAUAAGUUAGACUUAGUUUAGAUGGAUGUUCAGAUAUAAGAAUUUGUGACUGAUAUCAUUAAUGUAGUAAAAUCUUAAGCAAUUUUCAGAGGAUUAAAAAUAUCGAUUAAUAUUAAACAGAAUGUUCCUUAAUUUAUUAGAACGGAUCCAAAUAGAUUAAGACAAAUCUUAAUUAAUUUAUUAGUGACUUCAAUCUAAGCGACUGUUCGUGGCUCCAUUAUAUUUUGUGUUUCCAAAAGUUAAAUGCUGAAUGAACACAUUGACUUUAUUGUGAAAGUGAAGGCUAAUGAAACUAAUUUCUCAAUUCUUAAGGUAAUUGAGAGAACAGUGAGAUUCUUUAAAUCAUAAACUUUAAAGUCAAAGAUACUAGAUCUUGGAAAUCUUAGACAGUAUUCAUAAUCAAUUUUGAUUUCAUUUUAUUUAACAAAAUGUCUAUCCUAAAUUCCAUUUGAAUAUAAUUAUGAACGUGUUGGUAAUAAGGAGGAAUUUAGUUUUGUCAUAAAAAUAUAAAAUUUAUAUCCAUAAUUUAAUCAAAAUUUGAAUUAAAAAAGAUUGUCAGAAUUCACAAAUCAGUAAAGUUUUUAUUAAUAGUAUCAAAAUAAAGAAGACUUAAAGAGAUAUUAAUCUUAGAUGUCAAGUUUACAAGCAGAAGAUCUCAAUAUCAAAGUGGAACUCAAAGAAGCUAGACAAAAGCUGAAUAUCAAUAUACUCCAAAAUUAAGGGCCAAUAAAUAAGGAUAAAUAAUAGGGAAUUCAAGAACAAUCAAAUGAAUCAGAUGAAAGUCUCUCUGAUUUGCAAGAUGACGAAGUAUCCAUGGAGUCUAAGAAUGGGAUUUCUUAUAGAGUGGAACAAAUGCUAAAAAUAAAACCGUACUUUUUUGAUUACGUUAAUGAAACCUAAAAGAAGUAUGAAGGAUCAAGUUCUCAGCCAUCCCAAUAACUUACAUUUGGAGGAUUAGGAUAAGGCAGAUCAUCCAUUUACUCUUCACUUUGCUUCACCAGUGGAACCAUGCAACCCAAUGAUUUACUGGAUUGCUUUGAAAAAAUGGAAAAAAUUAAACAACAAAAAAACAAAUCCAAUUGUGGAGUAAUUUAUAUUUUAAUAGUUAGUGUACAAAGAUAUUGAUUUGCGAGAGUAUCGAUCUUGAUCUAUAUGCUUUAUCGCAUUAAUUAACCAAUAUCGGAAUUACCUAUGAGUAUAUAACUCAGAAAUCUCAAAUAGUGAGCACUCUUGUUAAAUUAUUAAAUAAUGAUUUGUAAUAAUAGUAAAAUAGUAAUUAAUAAAAGUAGAAUAUUGAUAAUCAAUUAUUAAAGAUAACAAAUGAUAAUUAAUAGCUGAAGAACAAUGAAAAUUAACCUUGUUGUAAAGGAUUAUAACUAAUAUUCCUUGCUAUUGAAUAAUUUGAAGAAGAACUAUUUGCUUUGUUUAAUUCGAUAAAAGACGUCUAUGCAGAGUUCAAAGCUGAACCCAGAAUUAUCGGAUUGAUUGGAUGCAUGGAUGAAGAAAAUCGAGCUCAAUUAAGAAGGUUUCCCUUCCAUGAUUAUUUGUCAAAACCCAUAAUGAUCGAUGCCCUACUCUUUAUCUUGGCUAAAUGGAUUAAAAUGAAUUGA